AUGUCACGUGGCUCACCCCCGUGUAUCACGUGUCUAUUUGCAGACGAUGCGACGACGUGUCCGUGCGACGACGACAACCGCGUCGGCUACCGUCCGCCGUCGCCGCCCGAGCAGGCGCUCGAUCUGACGUCACGUUCGUCGCGCGCCGCAGCAGCCGACCCCGUCCGCACGCCGCUGACGUCAUACGUCGACCACCCGGUGUCGCCACAAGCGGGCUUCACCGCCCGUCAGGUCGCCGAGCCGGUCGCCAUGGUAACGGGCGCGCCCGGUGGGAACGCACACGCGCAUGCGCGCCGCUCACCGACGGAGCUGCCGUCGUCGUUCGAGAAGACGACGGAUGUGACGUCACCGGGGUUCUCGUCGAUGAUGUCACUCGGCGAGUACCCGACGUCGGCCGGCCGACCGAUGAUUACUUCACCGGCGCAGCCGGCGAUGACGACGACCGGACAGCAGGGAUUGAUGACGUCGUCACAGACGCGCAGCGUCAUACGCACGUCGCCGAGUCGGCCGGCGAUGACGUCACCCGACCGUCCGGGUCGCACGCCGCCGCUGAGCCCCCUGGCGGGAACGCACGUCAACAUGCCGUUUUUGCAGGCGCAGCUCGGCCUGCCGCCGGACAUUCCCGUAGAGGUAAUCAAUGGUGGACACGGCAUCAAGAACCCGCUGCUGCGGGAGGCGGCGGGGAAGGGCGGCGGAGGCGGCGACCACCACGUCGCCACGGAACCGCUGCCGCCAGCGCCGAUCCAGGCUGACGAUAACAAGUUUCUCUGCAAGAUCUGCUCAAAGGUCGUGCUGUUGCAGCGUCUGCUGAAUACCGACACCAAUGAAGUGCCAUCUAGUUUCAACACGAUACCCGUUUAUCUGAGAGACACACUGCGCCCACGCGAUACAGGCGUGCGUCCGUACCAGUGCGGUCACUGCGAGAAGCGCUUCACUCAACGCUGCUCUCUCGAGUCGCACGCUCGCAAGGUGCACGGCGUGCAGCAGUGCUACGCCUACAAGGAACGGCGCUCGAAGAUCUACGUGUGCGAGGACUGCGGUCACACGUCGAUGGACCCGGAGCUGCACUACGUCCAUCUGAAGCAGCGACACCCGCACAGCCCUAGCCUGCUGAAGUACUACGACAAGCGGCAGUUCAAGUUCCAGCAGGGCUUCACUGCCGCUCAGAUGUGUCCCGCCGACGGAGAGGAGCGAUGAGGGGG